CACAAAUGGCUUCAUACCCAUAACUUUCGCACAAAUAAACAAGCUCCGGAGACCCGCUUACUAUCCGCGACCUCUUAACCUGAAUGUUCUACCUGAACUUGCUCCAACGCCAUGGGGAAUACGGAGAGCAAUGUAACAAGUGGCGUCAAGAAGCAAGCUGGAGUCUCCACACAAGCGCUUUACAAGUUCGUCAAUCUCAAGGGUGGCGGUCUCUUGGUCGAUAUGAUGAAACGCGCUUGUCAGACGAAGCAAUUUGCGGAAAUCGAUCAUGCAAUUAAAACGAAAGUCGAGCCAUUUCUCUAUAAUAAAGGCAAAGGUCGUUACUUUCCAAUCUCGAAAUUGGUGCUCUUACGUAAUAAGGAACGUGCGCGCACCAAGCAACUGCCUGAGAUCAGAGCGAUGGAGAAUCCAGAUGAUGACUUUAAUAUACACGAUUACUGUACAGAGGUAUCGGAAGCCGAAUACAUAUCGAACCCGAGCGCUUACCGUUUUGUGUGCUGGAAUUUGAAUGAACGCGGCGCUGUUGGCGAAACCAUUCUGCAUCUGUGUCUACUGAAUGCCUCAUCACUUCAUGCGGAUCUCGCAAAGCGUCUACUGAAAUGGUAUCCCAAACUCAUACUCGAUGUCUAUAUGUGUGAUGAGUAUUAUGGUGAGAGCGUCUUACAUAUCGCGAUCGUUAAUGAAGAUCCGGCGAUGGUUAAAUAUCUGCUCGAUGCUGGUGCGGAUGUGCAAGAACGCUGCUGUGGCGCCUUCAUGUCCGCCGAAGAUCAGAAGCCUUCGCGUUACGACUCACCUGACCAUGAAUAUGUCGGCGUACAACCGAUGACGAAUUACGAUGGCUACGUCUAUUGGGGCGAGUAUCCAAUGAGCUUUGCUGCUUGUCUCUCCCAGGAAGACUGCUUUCGCUUGGUGUUGGCGCGUGGCGCUGAUCCCAAUCUGCAGGACACCAACGGCAAUACUUCGUUGCAUAUGUUGGUGAUCUAUGAAAAGAUCGAAAUGUUCGAUGUGGCCUACGAGGUGGGCACCAAUAUACACUUACGUAAUAUGCAAAAUCUAACGGCGCUUACGUUGGCCGCGAAAUUGGGACGCGUCGAGAUGUUCUUUCACAUCUUGAGUAUCGAGCGUGAGAUCUACUGGCAGUUGGGUAGCAUUACGUGUGCGGCAUAUCCAUUGUCGAAGAUCGACACGAUCGAUGUGGAGACGGGGAAUAUCAAUAAAGAUUCGGUGUUGAAUUUCGUGGUUUUUGGCGACAAACUGGAGCACUUAGAGCUGCUGGACGGCGUAGUCAUCGAUUUGCUGAAGACCAAAUGGGAGUCGUUUGUCAAGUCGCGUUUCUACAAACAAUUCUAUAUGUUCUCCUUCUAUUUUCUCUUCUCCUUAAUAAGUUUUAUCUUGCGUCCCGGACCGUCAGACAAAAACGAGGACGAUGAUGAUGAAGAUAGUGGAGCUGCAGUGACAGCCGUUCCACAAGCCAUAAAUGGUACUGCGGCAUUUCAUAGUGGCGAUAAGUGGCUAAAGCGUUUGAUCAAACGCGCCAUUGACAAAAUGGAAUACAAAACCUUUUGGUUGAACUUCACCGACUACUUCGACGAAAAUGAUGUUGAGCUGGUGCCAUCUUGGUGGGCGAGCUAUACCGAAUGUCCGCUGAUGAAUAUGGAAUCGGAUUUGGCGAAGGUGCGCAUUGUGGCUGAAAUCAUUAUAUUUCUUGGAUCGGUUUUAUACUUAUUGGCGGCUUUGAGAGAAGCACGUUUUUUGGGUUACAAAAUGUUUGUCGAGAAUAUGAUGACGGCGCCUUCAAGAGUAAUGUUUCUAUUCUCCUGUGCACUCAUGAUGACUAUACCCUGGUUGAGGUUGUCCUGCAUGACCGAGAUUGAUGAUCAUGUCGCAGUCUUCAUUAUGCUUACUACAGCACCCUACUUUCUAUUCUUCUGUCGUGGUUUCAAAACCGUCGGUCCUUUCGUUGUGAUGAUCUAUCGCAUGGUCAUGGGUGACCUUAUACGUUUCGUUUCCAUCUACCUUGUGUUCGUGAUGGGAUUUUCACAAGCUUACUAUAUAAUAUUUCUCACAUUCGAUAACCCCGCAACACCAGAAGAAAUUGACGAUUCUGAGUCGAAUCCGAUGCCUUCCCCGAUGGAGUCCAUAGUGGCUAUGUUUUUGAUGUCGCUCACCAAUUUUGGUGACUACUUCGGUGGCAUGGCCUCCACACAACAUGAGUAUGAAGCGAAGACCCUCUUCUUUCUCUUUAUGGUGAUCGUCAGCGUGUUGUUGGUGAACAUGUUGAUCGCCAUGAUGGGUAACACCUAUCAAAAGAUCGCCGAGAUACGCAACGAAUGGCAACGUCAGUGGGCGCGUAUUGUGUUGGUAGUGGAGCGUAGUGUACCGCCAGCAGAGCGUCUAAAGAAUUUCAUGCAUUACAGUCAACCGAUGUCGGAUGGGCGUCGCGCUUUGGUGCUACGGCUGAAUAUGAGCGAUGAGGAUAAAGAGGAGAUGAAGGAAGUGCAGGAGAUGAAACGCAUACAUCAGCGGUUUUCCCAAAAGCGCCAAGUCGAACGUGAGGCCCGUGCUCGCAAAAGGCAAGAGGAGUACGAGAAAUUCUUCGGUACAAAACCGCCAGGCGACAGUGAUAAUAAUAAUGCUUGCUGA